AUGCGUCCGGAGGGGCGCGUGGAGGAAGAGGACGCCGCGGUCCCUUCUGGCGACGUCGGGGAGAUUGGCGCGGCGACUUCCCAGCUCGCCGCUGUCUCUGGGGACUGCCCUGAGUUCUCCCGCGAGGAGCUGAUGAGUUUCUAUGACAUGUUCACGAAGGUCGACGACGAUGGCGAGCUGACGUUCGAGAUGACGGAGAUCAUAGAGAAGAUGGGCACGCAGGAGAAGUAUCGUAACGAACUCAUGGUGCGCAUGUUCGCAGCAGCGCACCCCGACGUCAUCGACUUCUCACAAGACGACGUAUUCACCGCGGAUCAGCUUCGGGAGUUCUGGUCAGCCUGGGGCAGGCGCAUCCAGCCUCGAGGACAGCGCGGCCGCCGCGUGUUCGACGUGGAGGCUGCGGCGGCAGUGCGGCAUGAGGUACGCCUGGAGGGAGAGAGCGACAAGGCCAUGUGCGCCCGGCUGAUCGUGGCGCGGGACGACGACGGAGCUUGGAUGUACGCGCUGGAAGACAUUCGCAAGAUAAUGGGCGUCGACAAGCGGCGAUUGCAUGAGGCGGCAGACGCCGCCUACGCGGCGGGGUGUCCGCGUCGACCCAUGGGGAAGCGCCGGGCGAUGCCAAUGGCGUUGACAGAGGAGCAGACGGACAUCUUCCUCGAGAUGAACGACGAGCAGACGACGGACGGGAAGUACACGUACGCGCCAGUGGACAUCAUGCGCGCGCUGGGCAAGGCGGACUACCGCUACCCUGACGCCUGCGCAGCCGUUGGAGUCGACCCUCGCAUCGAACUAACGCCGGAGCAGCGCGCCCUCGUGCGCGAGAUGCACGCGGCGAAGACACCUGAAGGCGGACCAGCGCACGACAAGGGCGCCAUCAUGAAGGCGGUCAAAAGGCGCAACGAGCACUACAUUGCGGUGCUCGCAGCUGCUGGAUUGCUACCACGGCGCCCCGUGCGAGAGCCUGGAGUGUUCACGGAGGAGGAGAUUGCCACGCUCAAGGAGCUGAUAGGCCUGCAGCAUCCGAACGGCACCGUCGUGUACACAAAGGACGAUAUCAUGAAGAUCCUUCGAAGAGACACCAAGCAGUUCAAGGCGCUGUGCAAGGCGGCGGGCGUCGAUCUGCGGCGGGCGUCCACGUCGAAGAGCCAGGGCACCGUUCAGGCUGAGCAGGCAGAGACGAGCGGUUGCCCGAUCAGGGUGGACGAGGCUGCGUGGCUCUCGUGGGUUGCGAGGUGGGACCAGGACGGCUGGUCUCGCGUGUGCGGCUCCUGCUGCCGGAAGAGGCCGCCUCAUCACUGCAAUCGACCGUGCCCCGAUCGCAUGAUGGCGGCGCGGAUGUUGAGGGCCCGCGAUAAGUCGGCGGCCGCUGGGGCAGUGGGCGCCGCCGCCGCCCGGGUCUACAUCUGCGACUCCUGCUACGACGCGAACGAGGACGGGGUUCGGGUGAGCGACGACGUCCUCGACGCGGGAGACGUUCCGAUUGCCAUGGCUGGCCUCACUCAACAUGAGAGGCGCCUGCUCGCGCUGUGGGAGACGAACGCCAUACUGGUCCACAUGCCCAAGGGCGGCACGCUGGCACAGCGCGGCGGCACCUUUGUCGCGCCACUGGACGCGCCGCAGGCGGCGCAGAUCCUCGAGGGCGACGACGUGCACAUCGAGAAGGGUAUUCUGUGGUGCCGCGUCCGCGGCUGCGUGCCAGGGUCUGCCAUUCCCGUGCGCGCCACGAAGAUCAGGGACGCUCUCGCUUGGCUCUUGGAGCACAACGCGCACUACCAGGAUGUCGCAGUGAAGCCUCGCGUCGAGAAGCUGGUGGAGGCGCUGAAGGUCAAGAUCCAGGAAUGCGAGGAGGCGGAGAUAGCGGAGGCAGAAGAGGCCGAAGCCAGAGAGCAGCGGCAGGAGGACGCAACUUACUUCACGGCGGGCGGCCCACCGCCGCCCGGGGCGUCAGUCACGGAGAUCAGAGGUGCAAAGGGUUCGGCUGAGAUUCGCAUGGACAUGGAGCCCGCGGUAUUCCCGCACCUAUUCCCGAGCGGCGCGGGCUGGUGCCCUCAGGAGUGCAAGUUCGCAGACUACGUCUCGCGGCGCCUUGCCAGCUUCGACCCAGCAUUCCAGCAGGAUCCAGACUACACCUUCUACCUGCUGGAGACAUGGUUCAGGAAGAAGAUCAGCGGUGCCGCGUCGAUUUACGUCGGCACGCGGGACGUGCCUGGCAGAGAGGCAGCGGAGAAGAAGGCCUACGCGGUGCUGGGCAAGGUUCCGGGGACCACGGCGUUCCUCGGCCAGAAGCGGUCGCACUCGGUGCACAUGAUGCGGCAGUUGGGCCGCCCGGACAAAUUCCUAACGUUGACGAGCCACGAGCGGCAGCCGCAGAUCUUGGCCGCGUGCGUCACCGCGCACCUGCUCAGCAUCAAUCCGCUGAUCUGCGACGCAGAGCGCAGGAGCGCCGUUGCUGAAGCUGUGCGGUGCUACGUGAAUGACCCUGAGCACAAAUGGGCUGCGGAUCCGUCCCGCCCGGGGACUCGUCGACUGACGGCGUUGCAACUCUGCCAGCAAUACCCAGCAGACGUCGAACGCGAAUUCAACAGGCAGUUGGAGCGGAUUCUUGGCUGGCUCACCAAUCGCAGGGCAGACGUCGGCGAAGGCUGUCCGCCGUUCCCGAAGCCGCAUUUGCGCGGGAGCAGCCAGAGCAAGGGGGACAGCAACGUCGCGCAGGAGCUCACAGCGGAUGGUCCAGCGAACGGAGAGGCACCGCCAGACAUCGACGGCCCCGCAUGCGGCCUCGACGCGUUCACGGAGGCAGACUGGACACAGUGGGACGGACAGCUGAACGAGGAUCCGCCCUUUCUCGUGAGCGACUUCGUGAGUCGCGUAGAGUGGCAAAAGAGAGGGUUUCCGCACGCGCACAUCAUGCUGUGGAUACAGGACUGGGGCGCCGCUCGCGACGCGAGGCGCGCCGCGGCAGAUGCCGACGCGCAGCCUCGGAGGUGCUGCGACCCUCCGAAGGAGGGCGAUUCCGUCUGGCGCUUGGACUCGGACGAGCUGGAGCGACUGCUUGACGGCCGCGCCACUGCGCUGGCGCGCCCGCGCAACCUGCCCAAGGCUGCCCGCAAAUGGCUUGCGCAGCGCGGUGACCAGCGCUGCCAGAUCAUCGGCUAUAUGUACUGCGACAAGGCGAAGAGGGUGAUGUCGCACAGGGAGUGGAGGGACAAGAGCGCACGACACGGGCUGAUGCGCAAGACUAUGAAGUACGCCACGACAUACUUGGUAGACGUCCUGAUGAUCCAGAUGCUGGAGCAGCCGAUCCCAUACAAGAAUCCUGGGAAGAACGCGGUGGGCGAUCAUAAGUUCUCCGCCGUGGACCGAGAGAACCCGCCUGCGCCGCCACAUCUGCUCCCGCAGUCCGGCCCAGAGCCCGCGCCGCCGCGGGGCGAGGACAGCGCGGAGGCGACCGGCGCAGACUACGGGGGGCGCCCGGCCCGCGACCAGGAGACCGAGUUCCGAAAUGCUUACACGAAGAUCUGCUUCGCGACGAGGAGCCUAGAAUACGACCACGAUCAACUCCUGGGGCGCUGCCACAUGAGCCACAAUCAGCAACGCCACCUGCUCGCCCUUGCGCUGGUCCACGAAACGCCGCAGCCGGGGAGGCAGGCACAGCCGACGCUCCGACUUCUGACGCGCCUCGCGCUGAUCCGCGGCGACGACCUUGCCAGGCUGUACUUGCUCUACGUGGAGACGGAGAUGGGCGGCUGCCCUGUCCACAGAAUGGUCGACAUCAGGCGCAAACUGGGCUACGCGGGAGGCGUUGGCUCGAAGGGCGGGAGGGCGGAGAUUCAGGAGCUGCUGGCCGUCUUGCACUCGGCGGGGAUGCCGCUUCGCCCACGCGAUUGGGAGAAUGGGAAUGCAGAGUCCACGGAUGACGAGGCGCUCGGCCCAGCCAGACCAGAGGACGUCUGCUCGGUCUAUGACGUUCACGUCCGGACGACUGCCCCGGCGCGACACCUGAGGGUCUACAAGGACGGCGUCAUGGCUCUCUUGACGCAGCCACUCCUGCACAAACACUCGCCGUAUUGCGGUCGCUGGUCGCUCGGUCGGUGUCGAUGGGGGUUUCCGCAGCCGCAGCAGAAGCGCACCGUGAAGAAGAACCAGUCGCAGCUGUGGAACAACGGCUCGAAGAAUCGAUACUUCGUGCGCCGACGCGACAACGCAGCGAUGAUGGGCAUGUACAAUCCGCGGAUCUUGCGGCGGUGGAGAGCCUCAAUGGACCUGCAGGUGGUGGAGAACUCGUUUGCUGUGGCGAGGUACAUCCUCGGCUACGUGCUGAAGAACGACACGGCCAAGGAUGCCGCGGCGAAGCUGCAGCAAGAGGUCUCCAAGCUGCCGAAGGGUACGCCGGUGGCCUCCAAGGGCGUGUACCGCCUCGCGUACAUGAGCACGCAAGGCCGCGUGACGUCCACCUUCGAGGCGUGCCACAUGCUCCUCGGCCUCCCGGUGGUGCGCAUUUCGCGGGACUUCCAAUGGAUCCACACGGGCAUGCCGGAGACGUAUUCUGCCUUUGUGCCUGUCCACCUAUGGCAGACGGCGAUCAAGAAUCCCGAGGCGGAGCAGCUGCCCGAGCCUGCGCCACCGGCCGUCAUCGCUCGCUAUGCUGAGUGGCGCGCCCGCAAGGUCCAGGAGUUCCUGGCUGUGGACGAAGCAGAACGCACGGGCCACGUCUGCGUGCCGCUACUCGUGGAAGGGCGGGCGUCAUCGGCGAGCCCAUGUGAGUUCAUCGACCCGCGCGAGCUGACGCUGUUCGAUUUCGUGGCGUCCUACAAGACGCCUUACAAGUCAGACGUCACCCUGCGGGAGAAGCCUGCCGUGGUGUCGUCGAAGACGUACGAUCCGGACGCGGACGCCGAGGCGUACUUCUAUGCCAAGCUCUUGCUGCAUUAUCCGUGGGCGGAGUUUGAAGACGAGUCGGGCCCAGAGUGGCUCGUGCCAGAGGAUCGAGGCAGUCACAAGAGCGCGUUCACCAGGUUGGUACGGGAGCGAGGAGCUGCGGCGGAAACGCUCCAGGAUCCAGAGCCCAUGGAGGGCAGCGAGCGCGCUCCCGAUGACGACGGCGAGGCUGCGGAGUUCGCCGUGCAGCGGCUUGGUGCCGCAGACCAUUUCAUGAAGUCCAUCGUGUUCCCGAAGCUCAAUCUCGCUGAGGCAGCCCUCCGCGAGCUCAGACGCCUGAACACGGCGCUUGUCCUGAGGUCCGCCAUGCAGACACCAGGCGCCGCCAUGGAGUGGGAGGCCCACCGGGAGUUGCUGCGGCGACUGCGGCUCGCUGCUGGCCGGGCGGAGGACGAGCUCGACGGGGACGACGACAGCGAUGGCGAUUUCGAGGCGGCCGCGGGCGUUGCGCCGGGAUCCUCCAGCGUGUUCGGGCCCGUCGACGGGGGAGAGCAGGCGCUUGAGCUACUCUUCGGAGAAGGAGCGCAGCGGUCGAAACAGCAGGACAUCGUGUACUGGUUCUGCGACAAGGUGCAGAAAGGCUGCGGCAAGUCCGUCGUCAUCCGCGCCGUGGCGACGCUGCUUCGACAGGGAGGGCACGGCGUGGCGAUCGCGGCACCUACUGGCUGCGCAGCCUUCUUGGUCAACGGUCUCACUCUUCACCAGUGCCUGCACCUGCCAAUCACCAACAAUUCCUUCGGGCACGCCUCGGACGCGCCGCCGCCGACGGGGCCGGCUCUGGAGAGCCUCCGACACUUCUGGAAGCCAGUGAGAGCACUCAUCGUCGAUGAGGUGUCCAUGGUGUCGGCUGAGACGCUUGCGCGCAUCGAUGCCAGGUUGCAGGUGUACAAGCAGAUGCCCGGCGUACCUUUCGGCGGCGUGCACCUGCUUCUGUGCGGCGACCUGUACCAGCUGCCGCCGCCGGGCGGGCGCCCGAUCUUCGCGGCGGAAGAGCUCUGGAAGCUGCUCACGCUCUGCGAGCUGCAGGGCAACCACAGGGCAGCCAAGGACCCAGCCUACGCCGCCCUGCUCGAGCGGGUGCGCAAGGGUCAACAGACGGAGGACGACAUGGCAACGCUGCAGACGCGCGUGCGGCGACCGCCUGCCGGGUGCGACGCACCGCACCUGCUGGCAACGCGGAUGGACGUGGCGCGGGUGAAUGAUGAGCAGCUUCGAGCGCACGCGGAGCAGUAUGGCGUGCCGAUCUACACCGUGCCAGCGUCCGACACUUCGAAGGAGACCGGCAUGCCCAUGGAGCUCGACGACGGCUUCGUCGAUGCCGCAGACACGGGCGGCCUGGAGACGGAGGCGCCAGCCAUGGCGUACGUCGCCCUCUCGCGCGCGCAGACGCUGGACGACCUGUACCUGAUGCACCUCGACUCGAAGGCGUUCGUCGCGGCGACGGGUGUGGACUACGCCCUCCUGCAGCUGCUGGUCCAGCAGGCGCACGUGGCCAGCGGCCCAGAUCAGCCGGACCAGAACUGGCGCGACUGCUUCGCGCCCAGCGAGUCGGUGGAAACGCUGGAAGCGAGGAUGGAGGAGACGCCGCCGCCGGCUUUCGUGCUGAACCGCGAGAUCGCCCUGGAGGCCCGCGCCGCGGAGGAGCGCGGCGACGCCCCGCAGCACGGCUGCUCACACUGCGGCGAGAUGUUCUUCUCGGAGCCGGCUUGCAAGCUCCACCAGCGGGCGUAUUGCCCGCUGGCGCGCCACGCGCGCAAGCGGCCUGCAGGGGCACCGCCUCUGCCGGGGCCUGUCGACCCCGAGAGGGCCGUGGCAGUGCUGCGACAGGUUCCGAAGGGCCGUCGGCGAAUGAACGACGCGCAGUCGCCCGACGAGCACGCCGCUCGACCCCGCCCAGAGGCAGCAGUCGACGGCUGCGAGGAGGACGCCGAGAGCAAGCCAGAUGAUGGCGCCGACCACGCCAAGCAAGCCGCCCUUCCAGCCGACGCGUCCACGCCAGCUGCGGCACCGCGCCGGCGGGCAAGGCUCGCGGACUUGCAGCGGGCCAGCGUCGAGCUCGGCACGGCCGCAGCGGCUCCGCCCGCGCGCCAUCCGCCCAAGAGGCCGCGGCUCGCCAGCCCGGCGCGGGCCGCGGGCAGCGCGGCGGACGGGCCCGACGGCGAGCGGCGCGCCGCCAGCGCAGCUGCGCCGGUCGCGCUCGCCGCGCCCGGGGGCGCGGGCUCCGGAGUCGACGCGCCGCCGCCGAAGGUCGCGCUGCCGGGCGCCGAGGGGGGCGGGGGCACGGCGAGCGCGGGCGCGGCCGCGGCCGCGGCCGCGCCGAUUGCGCCGCCUGCCGCGCAGAGAGGCGAGACGCGCGCCGCUGCGGACGGGGCCGCCGGUCUGCGGGGCGCCGCCAGCGACGCCGCGCCCGCUGCGCCAGGCGCGGGCGCGCCGCCUGCGCCGCCGCGGCCAGCGCCCUGCCCUCUUCUGAACAUCGGGAACUCCUGCUACGCCAACGCCACUCUGCAGGCGAUAUUCGCCCUCGAUCUCACCGCGGAGCUCUGCGGCGCCAUGCCCAUCGAGGACAGUGGAGAUGGGAGGUUGGUCGCCACUUUCCGCAGCGCCGAGACGGGCAGGCGCUUCGCUCCGAAUCUCUUUCUCGAUCAUCACCACGGCAUCCAGGAGGACGCCCACGAGUUCCUGCAGCACCAGGUGCUGCAGGCCGCGCCAUCCUGGGCGUCGCUCUGCAGCGGCAUGGAUACCCCACGCCUGUGCUGCCAGCAUUGCGGGCUCCUCGGGCGCCAGGCACCCGGCGAGAGGUUCUGCUCAUUGUCGAUGAUGCUGCGGGCGCAGAACGACUUGCCUCUCUCAACGGCUCGCGAUGCUCUGAUGCACUACCUGAACGCUCAGCAGAUCGUCGAGUUGGACGACUGGGCCUGCAAGGCGCCUCAGUGCGUGGCCCGCGGUCUUGCGGCGGACAGCCCAGCAAAGGUGUCGAACAUCUCGCUGUGGCCGGCCAUCCUCGUUCUCCACCUCGUCCGUUGGGGUGCCACGGGUCAGCUGGAGUCGCACGGAGUGGUGCCCGAUGCCGUCCUGCGCCUGCCGGGCGCCACCUACUUGCUUCGCGCGGUGGUCACGCACGAGGGGAGAUCGGCACGGAGCGGCCACUACGUCGCCUUCGUGCUCCGCGCAGGGCGCUGGUACACGUGCAGCGACCGCGUCAUCAGGCACGCCUCUGCGAGGGAGUCCGAGAGGUUCGUGCGGGACCACGUCGCGGGCCACACGUACCUCCUCUUCUACGAGAAGGCGGCCUUGCAGAUUCCCGAGUAG